CGGCUGUCUACUCCGCGCAAUCCCAAUACGAGAAGGCUCUCGAGGAUGCCAACAAGGCUACGGAUCUCAAGGCGGACUGGUCGAAGGGAUGGCUCCGCAAGGGUGCCGCUUACCGUGGUCUAGGCGACCUCUGUAAGUUGAGAGAUGUAGUGCGAUGAGACUGGAUCUGGGUUACUAAUGCGUGUGUAGUGGCUGCCCACGAUGCGUACGAAGAGGCCCUCAAGCUCGAGCCUACCAACGAACAGGCCAAGACCGGUUUUAAUGCUGUCAAGAGGGCUAUCGAGGCCGAGGCCACGGCCGACGGUGUUACUGGUGACCCUAUGGGAGGACUCGGUGGUAUCUUCAACGACCCUCAGAUGUAUCAGAAGCUGGCCAGCAACCCCAAGACCUCACCGCUUUUGGCCGACGCCGACUUCAUGGCCAAGCUCCAGCGCAUUCAGCAGAACCCGAACAGCGUUGGUCAGGAGAUUCAAGACCCUCGCUUCUUGCAGGUUAUGAGUGUGUUGCUGGGUAUUGACAUGAGCUUCGGCGCUCCCCCGGAGGGGGCUAGCUCUGCCGGUGCUGCCCCCGAGGCUGAGGAGGAUGUGCCCAUGCCUGAUGCUCGCCCUGCCGCUGCUGAGAAGAAGGAACCUGAGCCGGCACCCGAGCCCGAGGCCGAGCCUGAGGACGAGGAGGCCAUCGCCAAGAAGAAGGCCCAGGAAGCUGCCGACGCCGAGAAGAAGAUUGGUAACGACUUCUACAAAAAGAAGCAGUUCGAUGAGGCUAUCGAGCACUACAACAAGGCCUGGGAGCUGCACAAGGAUAUUACGUACCUCAACAACCUUGGUGCUGCCAAGUUCGAGAAGGGUGACCUCCAAGGCGCCAUCGAGACCUGCCAGAAGGCCGUCGAGGAGGGCCGUGAGCUCCGUGCUGACUUCAAGGCUCUUGCCAAGUAAGAUACCUGUGCGUGCGAUCUACCGACGCGUUUGCUAAUUCGAUUGUCUACAGGGCCUUCGGAAGAAUCGGUACUGCACACGAGAAGCUGGGCGACCUUGCCCAGGCUAUCGAGUACUACCACAAAUCGCUCACUGAGCACCGCACACCCGAUGUCCUGACUAAGCUGCGCAACGCCGAG